AUGUUGGGCCCGAGAAUGACGGCCGGCGGCGAGGUUCACUACCGUGGCGUCCGGCGGAGGCCGUGGGGGAGGUACGCCGCCGAGAUCCGCGAUCCGAACCGGAAGGCCCGCGUCUGGCUCGGGACCUUCGAGACGGCGGAGGCGGCCGCCAUGGCCUACGACGACGCCGCCCGUCGCUUCCGCGGGCCCCGGGCCAAGACAAAUUUCCCCUCCCCGCCGGAGCCCGCCGCCGAGCUCCACCGCCCGGCCGCGCGCAACCCGCUGCUGCCGCUACCCCUGACGCAGACGGUGUUCCUGUCGCCGGAUCCGGCGUGUAUGGUGUUUCCGGCGUUCCACGGCGCGUAUUUGGCCAGCCCGCCGGCGAUGCUCACCCUGGGGCCAGAUUCGAGGCGGGAGAUCAUGGACCUGAUGAGCAGGGCCCGGUCUCAGGGAAAUGGGCCGGCCCAGAGCGAGUCGGGCUCGUCAUUGGCGACCGAGGACCUGCCGCACGUCGGCAGAGGGAUGAGGCUGGAUCUUGAUCUCAACCUGCCGCCGCCGGAAAAUGCUUGA